AUGGAAAAAUAUAUUCCGAUCCAAGAUCCAGAACUCAAUGAUACGAUAAGUUUUGAGCACAUGCCUGGCACCAUCAGUCCUGAGAGCCAGGACCUCCUCCAAACCGGUACUGAAGAGAGUGCUAAAUACUGAGAAGAGAGUAAGAGAAGUCUUGAUAUGAAAUAUAUUAUGAACUGCUAUGACGCCACUAAGUCUUACCUCCAAGCCUGAGAUGGCAAGGGCGAUACAAAUAGCCUUGAUCUUAAUAUUGGCCAGUUUUUGACAGAGCUUGAUGAGAAUCAUGAUGACAAAUAUUUAUCAGGAAAUAUGAAAUAUGCUUAUAGCAUGAACACUUAUAGCUGAAUGUAUUCCGCUUGUUUCCAGGCUCUGAUCGAUAGAAUUGAGAGCUCUGACUCACAGCUCUCUCAAUGUUUUUGGAAAAUCAAAGCUGGCUAUAACAAGUUGAUUACCAGCUACUUUACCAAGGUAAAUGAAAUAGAUGAAGAAAAUAAGAUUCUUCAAGAAGAAAAUUAUAAAUAAUAAACCUCUUGUGAGUUCAGUAGAAGAGGAUCGACCCAAAACUAUUCAGAAGAGUAUGAAUAGGUCAAGGAAUAGAUUAAAGACAGGCACGUCUCUCUCGAAAUCCAAGUCAUCAAGGUCUAAAUCAACAAAAUAGAUUUAAAUCGUUUAUGGGAUCGAAUAGGAACUUGUCUCCUGCAUCAAGUACUUUGACUGUGUUUUCAAAGUACCGGACUAGAGAGAACCGUCCUCGGAAGAAGAGUAAAAUUUGUCUGAACAACGUGUUUAAGUCUGUAGAUGAAAAACCCAAGUUGCUUCCAUUGAAAUCGCUAAAGGUUCUUAUUGAAGAGAUAUGCGAGUCUAAGGAAAAUUUUGAUAAAAAAUGUAUACUUAUCGAACAGCAAUGAGAAACGAUGGAGCAGUAUUUGUACACAUAUCUCAACCAGAAGUACGGGCUUAAGUCCCUCGUACUAGACUGGGUCACUACUAUUGUUAAUUCAGUAAACGUGUAUUCCCAUGAAGAAUCGGACCCUGAUGUAAUCCUGUUUGGGAGAAUUCUUAAAGAAGAGUGUGAUUUCGAAGUUUUUACAAGAAGGGAUGAAGUCUAG